UUUGUAAAGUAACAAAAGACUCUUGACAAACGAGUGAGCUCUUGUGUGCGAUUUGUAUCAGGACAGGAUAUUUACUUUCCCAAGAUCUUUGAGAGCUGCCCAUGUGGGAAUGCAGGAACAAGGAAGUGUCGGUUUUUUUUUUAAGAAAGCUAACCUUUGUGUUUUAAGCUGGUGUUUUCGAUGCUGAGGCACUUUUCGCAAAUCACAUUGUGAAAUACUACAAAAGGAAUCUUAAAGUGUUCCUGCUUCGAGAGGUGCAUUCAGUCGAAUUCGCUGCAGCAGAGGUCAGUCAGUCCCAAAAGGAAAGCGUUAGUAACUUCAGGAAGCUUUUUCUCCCCACCUCAAAGGAAUACUUGUGUUCAGGUGUGAUGAGUCACACCAACGGUGUUUGAGAAGUGGUUUCUGCAGGUUUUGUGGGGUCACUGUAUCCUGACCCAGCACAUGGCAGGCCCACAGGGUGACUCUAACAGAGAUGGAAACACUCAGAGAGUCUGUUGUCCAUUUGGCUCUUCAGAUGUCGACCUACAAACGAGCUACCUUUGACGAGGAUGACCUGAUCGACUCCACUGUUGACGAAGUGUACCCAGAGGGCCACCAGAUGACUUUCAGGAAGUCAAAAGACCUAAGGGUCUGCUGGACCAAGCGGACCAAUCUUGAGAAAUGUCUCCUGGUUCUGACUGCCAUCCUGCUGGUGCUGCUGGUGUUGUUCUCUAUCAUUCUCGCACUCGUCUUUAAAUACAAACAUACCCCAAAGGUUUGUCUGACCGAGUCCUGUGUCAUCGUCGCCAGCAACGUCCUCAAAUCCUUGGAUCGAUCUGCAGACCCCUGCCAGAACUUCUACAAUUAUGCCUGUGGCGGCUGGAUUAAGGCCAACCCAUUGCCUGAUGGGAAGUCCCGGUGGGGAACCUUCAACAACCUGUGGGACCACAACCAGGCCAUCAUGAAGCAUCUCCUUGAAAACACCACAUUGAACACCACCAGUGAAGCUGAACGUAAAGCCCAGCAUUAUUUCCAGGCCUGCAUGAACGAGCAGAAGAUCGAGGAGUUACAAGGACAGCCACUUCUUGACAUCAUUAACAAGCUCGGAGGCUGGAAUAUCACAAGACCAUGGGAUAAGGACAACUUUCAGGAAGUGCUUCAGUCUGUAACAGCUCAUUACCGGACCUCCCCAUUCUUCACCAUCUACCUGAGCACAGACUCGAAAAACUCCAACAGUAACGUCAUCCAGGUGGACCAAUCAGGCCUUGGGUUACCCUCGAGAGAUUAUUAUCUCAAUGCAACAGCCAAUGACAAGAUUCUCACGGCCUACUUGACUUACAUGGUGGAGCUGGGAGUGCUCCUGGGUGGUGAGGAGAUCUCCACGCGGGCACAGAUGCAGCAGGUGCUGGACUUUGAGGGUGCCCUUGCCAACAUCACUGUCCCCCAGGAAAACCGGCGAGAUGAAGAGCUCAUCUACAACAAGAUGAGUGUGCGGAACCUGCAGGCGUUAGCUCCUGUUAUUGAUUGGCUGCCAUUGCUUUCUGCCAUCUUCUAUCCAGUCGAGUUGAAUGACUCUGAGCCUGUGGUUGUAUACGCAAAGGAAUAUCUACAGAAGGUCUCUGACCUUAUAAACUCCACCGAUAAAUGCAUUCUCAACAACUACAUGAUAUGGAACGUUGUGAAGAAAACUGCCUACAAUCUGGAUCAUCGCUUCCAGGAAGCUGAGGAGAAACUCAUAAUGGCCAUGUCGGGAAUGAAAAAGACAUGUGACACUCGAUGGAAGACGUGUGUCAGCGACACGGAUGGUACCCUCGGGUUUUCGCUCGGAGCUCUAUUUGUCAAAGCAACAUUUGCAGAGGACAGCAAGCAGAUCGCGGAAGAGAUGAUUUCAGAAAUUAAGGCCGCAUUCGAGCAGAGUCUGAAGCAAACCGAGUGGAUGGAUGAGCAGACCAAACAAGCUGCAAAGGAAAAGGCUGAUUCAAUCUACGACAUGAUUGGCUACCCAAAGUUCAUCAUGGAUCCUAAGGAGUUGGAUAAACUCUUCAGUGACUACGAAGUGGUUCCUGACCUCUACUUCCAGAACGUUCUCCAGUUCUAUAACUUCUCUGCUCGAGUGACAGCCGAUCAGCUACGGAAACCUCCCAACAAGGAUCAGUGGAGUAUGACCCCUCCCACAGUUAAUGCUUACUACUCCCCGACAAAGAAUGAAAUUGUAUUCCCAGCUGGAAUACUGCAGGCUCCAUUCUACACCAGGGAUUAUCCGAAGGCUCUAAAUUUUGGAGGAAUUGGAGUGGUUAUGGGCCAUGAGUUAACACAUGCAUUUGAUGAUCAAGGGAGGGAGUACGACAAAGAUGGCAACCUGAGGUCAUGGUGGAAGAACUCCUCAGUGGAGGCCUUCAAGCAACAGACUGAGUGCAUGAUAGAGCAGUAUAAUAACUUCACCGUCAACAGCGAGCAAGUGAAUGGCAAGCAGACACUGGGGGAGAAUAUUGCUGACAACGGAGGUCUGAAAGCAGCCUACCAUGCCUAUGAGAACUGGGUGAAGAAGAACGGUGAAGAACUGACUCUGCCCACGCUGGGCCUCAGCAACAGGCAGCUCUUCUUCCUUGGAUUUGCUCAGGUCUGGUGCUCGGUGCGGACCCCGGAAAGUGCCCACGAGGGGCUUGUCACGGAUCCCCACAGCCCCUCGAUGUACAGGGUGAUUGGAACUGUGGCCAACUCGGUGGAAUUUGCCAAACACUUCAACUGCCCCCUGGGCAGCCCGAUGAACCCUGUGAGAAAGUGUGAGGUGUGGUGAGUGUGGAGAAUGGGACGCCUGAAAUUCCUGCAGCAACAAAGCGGGGAGAGACAUUGUGAGGGGAUGGGCGAGUCCUCAAUCAGGACGUUACCCUGCCUCCCAGCGGAGGGAGGUUUAUUUUAUUGAAAAGCCUGCAAAUUGCACAGUGUGAAUCUUUUACUCGGUUUCCCAAACAGUGGAUGCUACUGGAACCUGUGAGACCCCGCAAGUGACCAAGUAUCCAGGUGAUAUUGGACAGUGUUGUUCAAAGAGAGAAGGACAAUCAUCACCAGAAAAAAAACCCACAAUUGCUGAUUUGCUGCAGGACAUCACACACUUUAACUAACUAUUUCUAUUCAGUAAAAUGAAUACUUAACAUUGAAAAAGAAUGUGACUGAGGGAUUCCCUUGGGGGUUUGCGAUGGAUCUCUGUGUCUCUGAGGGGAUCCCUGAUUGCACUGGCAAAUGGGUCUCUUCUGCCAAAGUUGGAACAUUCCCAGGAUAUUCCCGGUGUCGGUUUUUGAUAUUGCUUAUCAUUUGUAGUCUUAUGUGGAGUGUACCUGCCUCAGACUAAGUACACUGAAAUGUAAUUUAAUCUGAGAGAGAAAUUCUGAAUGUUAUCUGCCUCAUUUGCCCAUUCUCAGUGUUUCCUACCCAUUACUUUGACACAGUCAUUCUCUUGUGCACUUUGCCCCUUCACCUGGCCGGAGAUUGGGGGGAGACAGACAAGUGCUCAAACCCUUCACUAACUGCCGAAUCUGCCUUGCCCCCUCAUAUACUGACACUAAAGUGAACUCCUGCAGGAGGCUGAGGAUAUCCUGGAGAAAGAUUGUUUCUUGCUUUUAUUUAAGCCCUUGCUUUUCAAUUAGCUCCAUUGGCAUGUUGGUGGGUUCAUUUGCAAGCUGGGGUGUUCCUGGCCUAUCUCUGAUCAUCUUACCAGAGCCAUGCCCUGAGUACUCAAGGUCAGCUUCUUACCACCAUGAUGUUAAUGAGUUACAUUGGGAAUGUGAUAGUAGUAUAAUCUAACAGAGAUCACUGCACCUUCAGGAGGGACCUGGCCCACUGUUAGGGACAGAUAGACAACAUCCGCAUGCUUAAAACCUACUUUAAUGUGAACCGUGAGUGCUCUUUGAGGGAGUAUAAUGGGUGAACAGAAAGAUCCCAGAUACCUGUCUUGCUCCACGCUUAGAUAGACUGAUACUGGAAUGAGUGGGUUUACCCAUGAAGAAAAGUUGGACCAGCUGGAAUUUGUUUCUGCUGGAGUUCAAAAGAGUGAGGAGUGACUUGAUUGAAGUGCAUAAGAUCCUGAACGUUUGUGACAGGGUGUUUCCUGAUGAAGGUCAGUCCAGUCCAUGUACAACGUAUCAAUCGCCGUCAUUUCCGCCACCUCCAAACGGACCCCACCACCAGGGAUAUAUUUCCCUCCCCUCCCCUAUCAGCGUUCCGACCUCCCUCUCCCAGAAUUAUGGGGCACGGAUAUCACAUUCAGAGUCAGUGUUGUAGAUCAGAGAUGAGAGUUUUUUUCUUUUAGAGGGUUGAAAGACUUUGGAACUGUUCUGCCUCAGAGGGUGGUGGAGGGGGGUGAUGUUGAAUGUUUUUUAAGGUGAACAUAGAUAGAGUCUUGCUAGACAGGGAAUCGAGGAUUUGGGGAUAGAUGGAAAAGUAGAAUUUGAAGCACACGGAGAUCAGCUGUGAAUGGCAGAGCAGGCUUGCGGGGCUGAAUGGCCUAUUCCUCUGCAUAUAUUCAUGUGAAGAUGAUUGUGGUCAAAGUGGAAAUGAGGUGGAGAGGAUCAAAUGGUCUAAGUCUAGUUAUGAAGGUGACUGCUCCUUAUAGCUGCAGUGAACAGUGAAGUAUGUUUCAGACAGAAUAGGAUUGCGUCGGUAGUGCUGUUCACUGCAACAGGACAGGAUGAAUUAACUCACCAACACCUACAAAUAAAUCCAUGCAGGUGAUGGUGUUCCUGUGCACUUUCUGCUGUUGUCUUUCUGGGUGGUAGAGGUCAUGUUGGACGGCGUGGUUGAAGGGGUUUGGUGAGUUGAAGGGGUUUGGUGAGUUGAAGGGGAUUAGUGAGUUGAGUUGAAGGGGGUUGAUGAGAUUCUAUCAUUUGAAGAAUGUGUGUGAUAUGGGCAGCUCAUGGUAGAUUGGUUUCCACGGUGCACAUCUAUUCAUUCAAGGGAUGUGGGCAUCCCUGGCUAGGCAGCAUUAGUUAUCCAUCCUUAAUUGCCCAGAGGGCAGUUGAGAGUCAACCACAUCGCUGUGGCUCGGGAGUCACAUGUUGACCAGACCAGGUAAGGAUGGCAGUUUCCUUCCCUGAAGGACGCUAAUGAUCCAAAUGGGUUUUCCCACAAUUGACAAUGGAUUCAUAGUCGUCAUUACACUCUUAAUUCCAGAUUUUGUUCUCUUGAAUUUGAGUUCCACCAUCUGCAGUGGCAGGGUUUGAACCCAUGUCCCCAUACCACUACGUGGAUCUCUGAAUUAACAGUUCAGCAACAAUACCACUAGGCCCUCAUUACCCAGUUGGUAAGACCCAAAGUUAGGCUGGUGCUACCUCUGAUUCAGAGCAUUUACGUUCUGCUUUAAUAAGUUACCGCACAUUGCAACUGUAAAUCAACUCACUUUAAUUCACAUCCACCUUUUGAUGUAACUUGAGUUCUAAAGCUGAAGGCUUAUAUUUUGAUGGACAAUAUUAUGCUUUUCUUUGAAUUCAUUCAUGGGAAUGAGGGCAUUGCUGGCUCAGUGAUCAUUUACUGCCCAGCCCUAAUUGCCCAGAGAGCAGUAAAGCGCCAACUACCAUUGCUGUAGGUCAGGAGUCAAAUGGAGGCCAGACUGGGUAAGGACGGCUGUUUCCUUCCCUAAAGGACAUUACAGAACCAGAUGGGUUCUUUUUUCAGCCAAUCAGCAAUUGUUUCAUGGUCAUCAUUAAACUCUUAACUCCAGCAUUUUAUUGAAUUCAAAUUCCACCAUCAGCCUUGGCAGGAUUUGAGCCCAGGUCCCUAGAACAUUACCUGGGUCUCUGGAUUAAUAUCACUGGGACAUUACUUCCCCAAUUCUGAAUAACUACUUUCAAAGAAAAACAAAUUUAAAUGCCCCCCCUCCCAAAUCCUCUUUCAGUCUGAGAGAAGCAGUAGCACUAACACCUACAACAGGAUGUCAGCUUUCUGAUGCUCCACCAUGCUCCAUCCUUACAAUUACAUCCCCUCUGAUUUACUUCAUCUUCCCAAUGCUAAGGCUGCAGAAGCCUUGCUGAAAGUGGGCAAGAGGAAAUGUAUCAUCUUGGGGUCAAGGAACACCCAUGAUGUGGAAGAGAUUUGAAGAUGUAGUGAAAAUGUAAUAAUGUCAAAAGGAUAUAUGUGAAUUUAACUAAAUACCACUGGCCUUUACCACACCAUUGUAAUAGAUAUAAAAUAUAUGUAUAUGGUUGGUAUCUGGGCUGAAUAUUAUACUUACUAUUUGACUCAUUUUUCCAUGAUCCAUCCUACUGUUUUGCCUCAUUUUACUGUUUUUGCAAACCGUAAUUUCACUUGCUAGCAGGAGGGUGUGAAUGUCCUAGUGACACUGUCACUAGAAUCACUCCUUGCUUCCCUUCAUUUGCUAAUUCUGUGGAUCUAGGCAUCUCUACCAUUAGCACAGCGCAAUGGAGCAGCAACAUCACAGAAAAGAAACAUUCUUCUUUUGUUUUUGAUUGUUCACUUGGUGAAGCCUUUAGAAAACUGACACAUUCUCCUCUGCUGGAAUGGUAGCUAUGUGGACUUGUCUCUGUGACAGGGGCUGGUCUCCCACUUCGACAUCUACUGUGAAACUGUUGUGAAAUCCUCCACCCUCAGGCUAUGAUUCUCUGCAAAGAAUAACCAGCAAAUAAAAGUGAGAUGCCUUGGCUGCUGGAAAUCUGAAAUCAAAGCGCAGAAUGUUUUAGGGGCUCAGCAGGUCUGGCAGUAAAUGUGGGUCCAAUAUAAUUCUUCAGAACUGUGAUGAAUAACCUCCAUAAAGGUUUAAAAUUUGAUCUGACUUUCUUGAGAUAAUUUGCAAUGCAGAACACCAGAGUAAAAUACCAAUGAUUACAGAUCUGUCUUGACUGCUCUCUCGAACAUUACAGGUCAAUCGAAAAGAGAUAUAAGCCCCUCUAUGGACACAUCAAAAACACAAUGUGGACUUCAGAAGUCUGUGUUUUUAAGAGGUCUGUUUUGUUUUAAGACUUUACAAAUUCAUUCUGUCCCCUUUGUCAUAUCCAUCCAUGGACAAUGUCUUUAUGAUGUUUACAGAGUGUACUGUUAACUGGUGUAAGAAAAAAAUCCUGUGUAAAUGCUUUUGUUGAUACAA